GUGGUGCCGUCACUGGGGCGGAAAUGAGAGUUGAGUAGCGGCAGCGGCGGAGCGCAGAUGAAAAAAGAGCUGUGAUGUGAUGGCAGCUGCCAGUGUGAGCAGACCUGGCAGUGUCCAGACGUCCGAGAAGUCUCAGCUCAUCCUGAAAGUGGUGUCAGCAAAGCCACAAUCCCCGAAGCUGCCGAACCGCCACUCCCGGCUCAGUUCCUUCGUGGAGGUGACGGCUGACGGUCUGACCAGCGAGACCAAAAAAACAGGAAAACGCAGUGGACACCUCGAACUGCAGUGGAAUGAGGAUCUAACCCUUAAUGUGACACCUCAGAGUCGUCUGGAUCUGAAGCUGUGGAGCUGCCACACCCUGAGAAAAGAGCUGCUGGGCAGUGCCACCAUCGACCUGCUGGACACGCUGCGCACACACGAUGGCAAAAUGGAGAACGUGCAGCUGAGUCUGGUGCUGCAGACGGAGAACAAAGGCUCGGUUGUAGCAGGAGGAGAACUCAACGUCUGUCUGGACGGGAUGGUUGUUGAUCUGGGAUCCCUGCCCAACGGCAGCACGGCAGCAGACAAGAUUCUUCAGUCAGAACGACCGAACCUGAGGAGGACGCAGAGUGAGGAGACUCCCAGUUCAGCCGGGUUGCACAACAGGAACAACAGGCACUCAGUGGGGGGUUCGCAGGGUGAGUCCCCGGGCUGCUCCAGAGGCUCAUCUCUGACCAACGGGGAGCUGACAGAAGAGCUGGCUUCUGGGCCAGGAUCGUCCGGACGCCGCCGGUCCUCCAAGAGCCACGGCAGCCCUGGAAACAACGCAGAUAAAGUGGAGCUGACAUCCAAUGGGCUGGAGAACAGUCGUGGAGGCGUGGCCCGACAAACCCCGCCUCCGUCCUCUCCGUCCGGACGGACCCCGGCCUCGAGCAGCAGCAGCGGUGGGGGCAGCCCCUCCCCGGGUCAGGAGGGCCUCGGCCCAACAGCACCGGCUGAACCUGGAACCAACAGCGCCUCCGGUACCGAGCCGGCCGGCAACAGCGGCACCGAGUCGGCCUCGGAGUCGCUCCCGGCAGGCUGGGAGCAGAGGGUGCUGCCUCAUGGGAGGGUUUACUACGUCGACCACAACACCAAAACCACCACCUGGGAGAGACCGCUGCCUCCAGGCUGGGAGAAGCGAGUGGACCAGCGAGGCCGCUUUUACUAUGUGGACCACAACACCAGAACCACCACAUGGCAGAGACCCACGGCCGAGUCCGUGAGAAACUACCAGCAGUGGCAGAGUCAGCGCAGCCAGCUGCAGGGCGCCAUGCACCAGUUCAGCCAGCGCUUCCUGUACCAGCCGUCCGGAGCCCCGGUGGAAAACGACCCUCUGGGCCCGCUGCCUCCUGGAUGGGAGAAGCGCCAGGACAAUGGCCGAGUUUACUUCGUCAACCACAACACCAGAACGACGCAGUGGGACGACCCGCGGACCCAAGGGAUGAUCAAGGAGCACCCCUUGCCCCCGGGCUGGGAGAUGAAGUACACCGCCGAGGGAGUCCGAUAUUUUGUGGACCACAACUCGCGCACCACCACCUUUAAAGACCCUCGCCCCGGGUUUGAGUCAGGGUCUCGACAGGGUGGAUCACCCGGUGCUUACGAUCGCAGUUUCAGGUGGAAAUACCACCAGUUCCGUUUCCUGUGCCAUUCCAAUGCAUUGCCCAGCCAUGUGAAGAUCUCCGUGUCCAGACAGACGCUGUUCGAGGACUCGUUUCAGCAGAUCAUGAAUGUGAAGCCGUACGACCUCCGCCGCCGACUCUACAUCAUCAUGAGAGGAGAGGAGGGGCUGGACUACGGCGGCAUCGCCAGGGAGUGGUUCUUCCUGCUCUCCCACGAGGUCCUGAACCCCAUGUACUGCCUGUUCGAAUACGCCGGCAAGAACAACUACUGCCUGCAGAUCAACCCAGCCUCCUCCAUCAACCCCGACCACCUCACCUACUUCCGCUUCAUCGGACGCUUCAUCGCCAUGGCUCUGUACCACGGGAAGUUCAUCGACACCGGAUUCACGCUGCCCUUCUAUAAGAGGAUGCUGGACAAGAAGCCCACGCUCAAAGACCUGGAGUCCAUCGACCCCGAGUUCUACAACUCCAUCAUGUGGGUGAAGGAGAACAACCUGGAGGAGUGUGGGGUGGAGCUGUACUUCGCUCAGGACAUGGAGAUCCUGGGAAAGGUCUCCACCCACCAGCUGAAGGACGACGGGGAGAACGAGCUGGUCACCGAGGAGAACAAGGAGGAGUACAUCAGCCUGCUGACGGACUGGAGGUUCACCCGCGGCGUGGAGGAGCAGACCAAAGCCUUCCUGGACGGGUUCAACGAGGUGGUUCCUCUGGAGUGGCUCCGAUACUUCGACGAGAAGGAGCUGGAGCUGAUGCUCUGUGGGAUGCAGGAGAUCGAUUUGGCCGACUGGCAGAAGAACACCAUCUACAGACAUUACACCAAGAACAGCAAGCAGAUCCACUGGUUCUGGCAGGUCGUGAAGGAGAUGGACAACGAGAAGAGAAUCCGUCUGCUUCAGUUUGUGACGGGAACCUGCCGACUGCCUGUGGGAGGCUUUGCUGAGCUCAUAGGAAGUAACGGUCCCCAGAAGUUCUGCAUAGACAAAGUGGGGAAGGAGACUUGGCUUCCAAGAAGCCACACAUGCUUCAACCGUCUGGACCUGCCCCCCUACAGGAGUCUGGAGCAGCUCCGGGAGAAGCUGAUGUUCGCCAUCGAGGAGACGGAGGGCUUCGGGCAGGAGUGACUCUUAAAUCAUUUUUAACAUAAAGCAGCAUUCGUUAAUCACAGGGCUGAGAAAUCAUGUGUCACCUGAAAACAGAGUGUGUGUGUGUGUGUGUGUGUGUGUGUGUGUGUGUGUGUGUGUGUGUGUGUGUGUGUGUGUGUGUGUGUGUGUGUGUGUGUGUGUGUGUGUGUGUGUGUGUGUGUGUGUGUGUGUGAUAAUUUCGCUGUGUAUAAGCAUAUAAACUGCGUGUGUGUGUGUGUGUGUGAGAGAGAGGAUGGCACACACACUCCCUCCACAGCUCUCCUCCCCGCUUCAGAUCAACCAACAGCACCAAAAACCCAAACAGCACAGACGCAGUAAUCACAUAUCUACCAGAGAAACACAUUUUUUAAGGCUUUAACGAGACAUCGGACCUGAGACAGCCCGAAUCAUGAACCCGAGGCCACACACACCAGAUGUCAUUUUAUUUUUUAUUCUUCUGUUCAUUGUGAAAAGGUUUUUUUUUUCCUCCUGUACAUAACAGAAAUAAAAGAGAUUUCAGU